CCCCCAAAGAAACUACACUUUAUAAAAAAAAAAGCUCACAAAACCUAAACUCAAAAAAGUCUAACUGCCGCGUUCUGUGUCUGUGAGACUUGGAAAAUGGUAAGCAAAGCAAUGGAAUUGGCUGUGACAAACCCACUCACCUGCUUUACUUCAUCAAAGCCUCUUUCCAAUCCUUCUUCCAUUCUUAGGGCUUUCACCGUUAGAUGCUCUGUCUCUCUCUCCUCCGACCGUGCCUCCACAGGUGUGGCAGAAAGACCUUGGAAAACUUCGGAUGCUAGACUUGUGCUUGAAGAUGGUUCAAUCUGGAGGGCUAAGUCAUUUGGUGCUUUGGGAACACAAGUUGGUGAAGUGGUAUUCAAUACGUCUUUGACAGGGUAUCAAGAGAUUCUUACAGACCCUAGUUAUGCUGGACAGUUUGUCCUGAUGACAAACCCGCAUAUCGGCAACACUGGUGUAAAUUUUGAUGAUGAAGAAUCAAUGCAAUGCUUCCUUGGUGGUCUAGUCAUUAGAAGCUUAAGUAUCAGUACUUCAAAUUGGAGAUGUGCAGAAACACUUGGUGAUUAUUUAGCAGAAAGGAACAUCAUGGGGAUUUAUGAUGUUGACACACGUGCUAUUACCCGUAGAUUAAGGCAAGAUGGAAGCCUUAUUGGUGUUUUGAGCACAGAAGAAUCAAAAACAGAUGAGGAACUAUUGGAAUUGUCCCGUUCAUGGGACAUUGUUGGUGUUGAUUUGAUAAGUGGUGUUUCAUGCAAGACCCCUUAUGAAUGGACUGACAACACAAAGUCACAGUGGGAUUUUAACGCCAAUGGGAGAGAUGGAAACACUUUUCACGUUGUUGCAUAUGAUUUUGGGAUCAAACAUAACAUACUUAGACGCUUGGCAUCCUAUGGCUGUAAGAUUACAGUUGUCCCUUCAACAUGGCCAGCUUCAGAGACUCUAAAGAUAAAGCCAGAUGGGGUUCUUUUCAGCAAUGGCCCCGGAGACCCUUCUGCGGUUCCUUAUGCUGUUGAAACAGUGAAGGAAAUACUGGGGAAGCUUCCUGUUUUUGGAAUAUGCAUGGGUCAUCAGUUGCUUGGCCAGGCAUUAGGAGGUAAAACCUUUAAAAUGAAGUUUGGUCACCAUGGUGGAAAUCAUCCGGUUCGUAACCUUCGGAAUGGCCAUGUUGAAAUUAGUGCCCAGAAUCACAACUAUGCAGUUGACCCUGCAUCACUUCCUGAGGGUGUGGAAGUAACUCAUGUCAAUCUUAAUGAUGGAAGCUGUGCUGGUCUUGCCUACCCUGCACAAAACAUCAUGUCUCUUCAAUAUCACCCUGAAGCAUCCCCAGGACCUCAUGAUUCAGACAAUGCUUUUCAGGAAUUCAUAGUGCUGAUGAAGCGAGCAAAAGAAAACGCUUAAGCACACAAGGUGGCAGUUUAAGCAAUCUUAGUAAUGUCCAUGAAGUUCACAUCGGCUAUUUUAUGUGGAGGAGACUAGUGUUGUAUUGUCAGUUUUGUUAAUGUUUAUAGGAUUGGUAAAAUAAUUGACAAUGUUCUAAAUUGAACAAGCCAUUGAUGAUUUUAGAAGAAUGAAUGAUUUAAGAUAUGUUGAUGCA